AUGAUGUCCACUGACCGAGAUGACCUUGAGCAUUUCACCGCCGAGGUGAAUGACGAGGUGUCAGAUCGCCCCAUGCGUAGUGUCAUUGACACCAGAAUUCGAAGCUUCUACAACGCGAUCGAUAGAGGAGACUGGGUCGCGGCCAAGGGUUACCUGAGAGAGGACGCCAAGCUCGUAUGGAGUCUAGAUAGCCCGGGUGCUAUCCACAAUGGUGCGAACUCGGUCAUCCAAUACUAUCAGGAUGACCAAGAGGAAUACCAAAGCACUGUCUUCAAGCUCCUAGUCGUCGAUAGGGGCAGAGCUACUUGCUAUCUGGAGGCUUUCUGGAUUGAGACAGUUUGCGAAAAUGAGGUUGCAGCCAAGGCUGCAUCGGAGUUCGAGCGAGCACGCAUGGUCUGCAUCUUUGAUGUGGACGAGAAGUGCCUCAUCAGACGUAUCGAGUUCCGAGACACAGAUCAAGAGACCAUCACCACAGGCGGCGGCCUCAAAGGAUUGAGACACGCUGCAAAGGAGUCUAAGAAGGACGUCGUGGUCAUGAAGGGGAAUUUCGGGUUUUAG